AUGGUAUUGGAUGGGGUGCGUCUAACAAUAGUGCCGACGAUUAGAUUUGGCACACGCGGACCGACCAUGUCGGCGGAACGUCCAGCUGCCAGCUCCGAUAAUCGGCGACUUAUGUGCGAGUUCUGCGGCUAUCGGACGCGCAUCUAUUGGAAUCUGCAGAUCCAUCGUCGGCGACACACCGGCGAAAUGCCCUUCAGUUGCCAGCAAUGCCAGGCGCGUUUCCCGGCCAGCUAUCAGCUGAAAAGCCACUUGGAGCGGCACUUGGACGCCGGCGAGCGACGCCAGCGGCACAUUUGCACCGACUGCAACGUGGGUUUCUCCAGUUCGCGGGCCCUGUACCAUCACCGGACGCUCCACGAGGAUGGGAAGCGCUUCAAGUGCUCCCAGUGCGACAAGUCGUUCGCUCAGGCGGCGGGCUACGCCCAACACAAGCGGAUUCACCGCCAGAGGAACCAGCGAGCCACCGAAACCACGGAUCUGAAGGAUCUGCAGAUCAAAAGAGUGGUUUCAAGUGUUUUUCAUCGGCGCGAGUUUAACACUGCAUAAAAUUCAGUGGAGUAAUUAACAUUUUAUUUUUGUGUCAUAUUCAAAUUUAAAAAAACCGGGUAACCGAUUCGUUAUUUCAACUGAAGUGCCUUAUAAAUAAAACAGGCAGUAUCACUUUCUAAGAGUCUGGUAACAAAUUGGUAACACUUGAGAGGAGCAUAUUGCUUAGCUAUUUAAUAUACAUAGAUCAAAUAUAAUUAAUUUUGAACUU